AUGAGCUCAGUAAUCUUUACCUGCAAUUCAUGCAAUAUUCAAUUCAAGUCUAGUGAUCAGCAAAGAUAUCACAUGAAAACAGAUUGGCACAGAUACAAUCUGAAAAGAAGGGUUGCCGAGCUUUCACCAAUUUCUGCUGAUGAAUUUGCCAAAAAGUUGCAAAUUUCUGAGAGGGAACAAGCUGAGAAUCAAGUAGAUGAGUUUGGUUUUGCUAUCUUAAAACCAUUAAGCAAUAAAAAACAUUCCAAGAAGCAUAAUGGAUUGCCGAACCUUCGUGGUAUCGUAAGUGAUACCGAUUCUAUUGUCACAGACGAUGAGUUCCAAUUGGUUAGAACUAUUUCUGCAGCAGAAUCGACAGGUUCACAAGUUUCUGUCAAGACUAAUGAAACUAGGGACACUAACACCGAUUUUGGUGAGGAUACUGCAUCUGACUAUGGGUUUACCAGCGACUCUACAUAUACUUCCGAUCUCGAAGUGAACGUUCCGUCUGAAGAAGAAGGGGAUGGAUAUUUUGAUCCCUCUUGCAAGCUCACACAGUGUAUAUAUUGUGGGUUAGAUAAUAAAGAAAUCGAAAGGAAUGUGAAGCAUAUGUUCCAUAAUCAUGGCCUAUACAUUCCAGAAAGAACUUAUCUAGUUGAUUUAGAAGCACUUCUAAAAUUUUUGAUCCAAAGAAUUGUAGUUGACCACGGUUGUCUAUGUUGCGGCUUUGAAGGGUCAAGUUUGGAAAGUAUAAGGGCACACAUGCAUUCUAAGAGACAUUGUAAGAUGCCAUAUGAAACUAAAGAAGAGAGGGAACAAUUUGCUCCUUUUUACGAUUUUAGUUCAUUAGAAGAACCCGAAGGCAAACCCAAAGCGGGCAAAGGUGGAAAGAAAAUUCAGUUUGAUGUUCCUCAUGAGUAUAAUGAGGAAACCGUUAGCGUUGAUGACACGGGUUUAGAAUUGACACUACCUUCUGGAGCAAGAAUUGGCCAUAGAUCAGGACAAAGAUAUUAUAGGCAAAAUUUACCGUCUCCACCAGAAGAAUCAGAAAAUAGAAGUGCUGUCACUUCGGCUGACAGAAGAUUGGUUAGUGGUAUUACUGAGAAACAAUAUAAAAAAGGUAUGAAGAAAAUGCAGCAACUUGAAAAGAGAGCCAUUGAUGAUAAAUUCCGUAAGGAGUCUAAAAGACUCAACUUUCAAGCUCAUUACAGAGAUGAAUUAUUACAAUAA